GCAUCAAGUGGAACGACAACACAUUGGCAAAUAUUUAGAACACAAGUGCAACAAAUCUGAAAUAUCUUAUUUCAAUUGAGAGUUGCUUGCCCCACGGUCUGUGUGUGUGUGCGUGUGUGUGAGUGUGUCAGAAGUGCAUUUGCGAUCCAAUUAGGAUUCAAAGUCAAGUGGAUAGAUAAUUGAUAUCGAUACUAGUCAUUAUGAAUGCUUCGACAGCUUAACAAUUUAUGGAAUAUUAAUUCAAAAUUAACUCCUAUCGGCGGCCUGUCGGUGCCAGCUAAUUGAUCAGAAGCCAUCAUUUGUGGACUUGUUAAUCGUUUAAUUUGCCUACAAGUCAUAAACAAUACGCUAUAAACUGUAUAAACAAAGAGAACACUAAAUUGCAGCAAGUAAUUGAUUUUCGUCAUAAAACAACCAACUAUAAAUUCAACCGUAAUUGAUUGCCACACGGCUUUAAAUAGUUUAAAUACUCGCUGUCGCAAAAUAAAUAAAAAAUAAGUUGCAAUAAGUUAAAAGUCUUAAAAUGAAACUGUUCGCGAACAAAACCCAGCGGAAUGCAAAGCUAUUACGAUGUGCUGCACUCGGCAUGACGCUCGUGUUCCUUGGCGCCGUCAUCUUUAUGACAAAUCCCGUCCAGCACAUAGUUGAUUGGCAACUGAGCUUAUCCCCCGGAACUCUGCUCUACAAUCUUUGGCUGUUUCCUCCGCUCGAAGUCUACAUCAUGGUCUACAUGUUCAACUACACGAACGUGGAUGACUUCAUAGCGGGCAGAGCGACCAAACUCAAGGUGGAGCAGGUCGGUCCCUACGUCUACAAAGAGGUGCUCUCCAACCACAACGUGACCCUCAACGAGGCCAACAACACCAUCAGCUACACGCCACGUCGCGAAUACAUCUUCAUCCGGGAUCGCUCCGUGGGUGAUCCCCAUUUGGAUCGCAUUCGAGCGCCCAACAUUCCCUACAUGGGCGUGAGCACCCACGCUGCCAGUCUGUCCAUGUUUGCCGCUCUGGGAAUCAGUGCGCUGACUAAGCGCCUCAAUGCGCAGCCCAUGCUAGAGGUUAGCGUGCACGAUUACAUGUGGGGCUAUGAGGAUCACCUGGUGCACUUGGCAUCCAAGUUCGUGCCCAGCUACAUCGACUUUGCUAGCUUCGGCAUCAUGGAGAAGCUGUUCAGAGAGGGCAACGAGAGCAAUGUGGUCAACAUGCAUCUGCCAGAGCGAAGGGACUCCAAUGGAGUCGUGCUUCCCAACGAGCCACGUGGCUAUUCACUGCACAGCGUCAAUUACGGACGUGGUUUCAUGCGAUGGGACUACAACGAAGCCACAAAUGGUACUCUAUGCAAUCGCAUUUGGGGCAGCCACGAUGCGACUCUCUUUCCGCGUGACAUGAACGAGGAGGACGAGUUCUUCAUCUACCGCAGGACAUUCUGCCGCCGGCUGCCUCUGAAGUUUGUGCGCACCUUGAAGUUCAGGGGUCAGGAUGCCUUUGAGUACACGAUGGAGCCGCAUAUCUUUGACAGCGAGCUUGGCAACGUGAACUCCUCGUGCUUUUGCAAGAACAAUCAGUGUCUGAAGCGCGGCGUCGGCAAUGUGGCGCCUUGCUACUACAACAUGCCCUUGGCUAUAACGUAUCCGCACUUCAUGCACACUGAUCCCAGUUUGCUAGAACAGUUCGAUGGCCUGAAGCCAGAUGAGUCGCUUCACACUUCCACUUUCAUGCUGCAGCCGCAACUGGGCGUCCCUCUGCACACUCACAUGCGAUUGCAGGCCAACCAAGUUGUGGGCAAGGUGAAGUUCAAUCGCCUGAUGGAACCCUUCGAGAACAUGGUGCUGCCUCUGCUUUGGGUCGAUUUAACCAUUGACAACCUGCCCGUCAUUCUGCAGUUGCUUGUGCACGGCAUUAAGUACGCCUUCCCUCUGCUGCAAGGCAUAUUGGCCUUGGGCCUGAUCCUCGCUGGAUUAUAUCAGCUGACUGCUGCGUUCAUGCUCUGCUUCUGGUCGCCGCCAGGAAGAGUGCACAGCAAGAUCGAGCAUGCUGAGAGGGCAGCCUCUAUAAUAAAUGGCUUGACCAUCGGUGUAUCCUUUCACAAAGCGACACCAACAACGGCGGCGUCCACAAAGUCAACAGCAGAGUGUGUGCAGGAGGCACAGAAGCUGCUGUCGCGAAGUGAGGUCUAGGGGAUAUUCCUGCUUUUGUUUUUUCGGAACUUUACCUCAAGUGGAUACGUGUAAUACUGUAGUGUUAAGAGCCGCCCUGUGAUACUAAGACGAUAAGAUGAUUUAAGAAUUGCCAACCAGGAGAUUUGGUGUAGUUUCGAUCGAUUCUACAUAUCGGAAACAACUUAGGGAACACUCUAUGCUUACGCUAUGCGAAAUAAGUUAUGGUUAAGGUCAAAGGUUAAUCUAUUAAAUACAAUACCAUACAAUAUAAAU